AUGCCAGUGAAAUGUUGUUUCUACAGGUCACCAAACACAGAAACAAUGGCAUGGUCUGAAAAUAUGGACACACUCUUAGCCAAUGAAGAGGGUCUAGAUGCUUUUCGAACAUUUCUAAAAUCUGAGUUUAGUGAAGAAAAUGUUGAGUUCUGGCUUGCCUGUGAAGACUUCAAGAAAACAGAAAAUGAAGAAAAAAUUGCUUCCAAAGCCAAGAUGAUUUACUCUGAAUUCAUUGAAGCCGAUGCACCUAAAGAGGUGAGUGAACUACUUCAGAAUAGUGAAGACUCAUCCCCGCAGCUCUGCUCUCAGCUGGAAGGCAUUACAUUCACAUGA